AUGCAGCAGACACACCAGAAGAGCUUCGAGGUCGCCGUGGUCGGCGGAGGCGUGUGCGGCCUGACCUGCGCUAUAGCUCUGCAGAAAGCUGGAGUGCCUGUACAGCUUUUUGAGGCCGCGGCAGCAUUUGGCGAGAUUGGUGCCGGAAUCGGCGUAGGGCCGAACGCUAUCCGCGUCCUGAAGCAGAUCGGAAUAUGGGACGCUGUCAUGAAGAAAUGCACCUCCGCCGACCUCGGGCUACAGGGCUUCGUUUAUUACAACGGUAUUGGCGAGCACAAAUCCCCCUACCAGUACCCCGUGGAACUUCCCCAAGACGAAGGACUAGGUAUCCACCGUGCGGCCUUCCUCGACGCUCUCAUCGGCGAGAUAGACCCCGCAAGCUGCCACUUCAACAAGCGCUGCAUAUCGGUCGUGGAGUCGCCCAGCAACCCAAAGCGCGUGCUGCUUAGCUUCCUUGACGGGACCACGCACGAGGCGGACGUCGUGCUCGGCGCCGACGGCAUCAAGAGCUCCGUGCGCAAGUUCCUCGUUGGGGAAGGGGACAACCGGGUCGCGUUCAGCAACACCGUCGCGUACCGGGGUCUGAUCUCGUAUGCGGACUUGAAGGCUGCGGGGUUCAAGAUAGACGUGGUUGAUCACCCUAUCUGUUUUAUGGGUCCUAGUAAACAUUUUAUCGUGUUCCCUAUCAGUGACGCAAAGAUUAUCAACGUCGUGGCCUUCUCCGCUCGGUACGACAUACCCAUCGGCGCGGCGAACCUGCCCGAGGGUGCAUCCUGGGUCGAGCCCUCCACGCGAGACGAGCUGAAGAAGGUGUACAAGGGCUGGGGCCCCGACGUCUCUAUCUUGCUGGACUGCAUGCCCGAGAAGCCAAGCAAAUGGUCCAUCCAUGUCUUGUACCCUCCCCUCGAAAGCUACACCAAAGGCCGGGUUGCAUUGCUGGGUGAUGCGGCUCACGGGAUGCUGCCCCACAUGGGCGCUGGGGCAGGGCAAGGUCUUGAAGACGCGUUCAUGCUUUCCCGCCUGCUUAGCCACCCGGACACGAACGCAGAGAACAUAGAGGCUGUCCUCCAGGUGUACUCGGAAGUCCGGCUCCCCCGCGCACAAAUGGUGUGGGACGGAAGCGUUUUCGCCGGUCGGGUUUACGAUGGCACGGGACCGCACGGUCAGGACUGGGAGAAGAUCGGAGAGGACCUGUCGCCCGAGCUGUUCACCCCCGUGUGGCGGCACGACUUCGACGCUGAAUUCGCGGGUGUAGUGUCGACGCUGCGCGAGCGAGGGGCGUUCAGUGCAUAG